AUGUGCUCAUUGCGUGCACGGUCAACAAUCGCUGCUCCGCUACGAAUUUCGCCAACCCCCACCUCGUUUCGCCUCCGAGAAAAACUCUUGUUCAGUUCCUCGAGGGGUGUCUCGAGAGCGACCGCCAUGGACGGAGCUGUUGCGCUGCUCUCGCUCGCUCUGUCCUCUCUGUUCCUCGCUCCGUCUCUAGCUCAGACGACAUGCCAGAGCUACGCCUUCUCGGGCAACAGGGUCUACGCGUCCUGCGUUGAUCUCCCGGUGCUGAGCUCCUACCUCCACUGGAACUACAGCGAGACCUCGUACGUCGCCGACAUCGCCUUCCGGGUCACCGAAGCGACGUCGUCCGACUGGGUGUCCUGGGCCAUCAACCCCUCCGGCCUCGAGAUGGUGGGUUCGCAGGCGCUCGUCGCCUACCAGAACUCGAGCGGGUCCAUGUGGGCCUACACCUCCUCGGUGGACAGCUUCGGGACGACUCUGUCGCCAGGGAGCCUUAGCUUCGGGGUGACGAAUAUCUCGGCGGUGCUCGAGGGCAGCGAGAUGACCAUCUUCGCGACGCUGCAGCUGAGCAGCGGAAUGACGACGGUGAACCAGGUGUGGCAGGUCGGCCCCAUGGAGAAUGGAUCCCCCGGAUCGCACGCGACGAGCGGCGCCAACGUCGAUUCAGUUGGGACGCUGGACUUCCUGUCCGGGACCACUGUGGUGAGCAGCGGGUCGGGAAGCUCGAGGCAGCGGAGGAGGAAUGUGCAUGGGGUGUUGAAUGCGGUGAGUUGGGGGACACUGAUGCCGAUGGGGGCAUUGAUCGCGAGGUACCUGAAGGUGUUCCAAUCGGCCAACCCUGCAUGGUUCUACCUCCACGUCUCGUGCCAGGCCUCGGCCUAUGCGGUCGGCGUCGCUGGCUGGGCCACCGGCCUCAAGCUCGGGAGCGAAUCCUCAGCCAACAACAAGGUCCACGGCAACAUCGGCCUCGCCCUUUUUGUCCUCGGAACUCUUCAGGGAUUCGCGCUGCUCUUGCGGCCCAAGAAGGAUCACAAGUACAGACUCUACUGGAACAUAUACCACCACACGGUCGGAUACACGGUGAUCGUCCUGAGCAUCGUCAACGUGUUCAAGGGGCUGGACAUACUGGACCCGGAACAGAAAUGGCGGACCGCGUACAUCGGGAUCGUUGCCUCCUUGGGGGCCAGCGCCGCGGUUUUGGAAGCUGUCACUUGGUACAUCGUGAUCAAGAGAAAAAAGACGGCAUUUUCAACACCAAAGAUCUCUCACAGCAUGAAUGGAGACGAUGGUUAUAGCAAUGGCAGGGUAUAGUACGAGAUUUUAGUCAUAGAUUCUGAUUUUUUUUUUCUGUUCAGCUCCAUGUUGAGGGUCUUUUGGAUUGACCCAUAUGAUAGAGAGAGCCUAUUAUUUUUUUU